UAUCACGUGCGGUGAUAAUAAAUUUGGGACUGCGUAGUUGGCAACCCCUGCAAACUGACUUAACCUUACUUCACCUUGUUUUUAAAGUGACGUUUCAAAGAAUUGAAAUAUGAUAGCAAGUACUUGUACGAACUCGCUGUUUAUAGUUGUUUGAGAUUAAUCGCACACAAUGUUGUUUCUAAGUCGCCACUUAAAAUUUUGCUUGAGGCUUCCAAGACUAACGCAAAUUCGUCUGCAACAAACUAAACCCAAAUUGUCGGUAUCGGGAGACGUAAUUCCAAUAUUCAGCAAUGCCCAUCUCUUCCCAGAGAAAGUCGCCCUUCGCGACUCUGUUGGUAGAUACACUUAUGGUAGCUUAUUCAUAAGUGCAAAGGAAUUAGCUAAUACCAUUACACAAAAAGUUGAUGGUAAAACAAACCAACGGGUGAUGUUCCUGUGUUCCCAAGAUGCGGACUAUGUGGUUACAUUAUGGUCAAUUUGGAUGUCUGGUCAAAUUGCGGUGCCUCUAAGUCCCAAACACCCCAAAAACAUUCUCCUGUAUUACGCCAAUGACACUAAUGCAAGUCUCCUAAUAACCACAAGCCAAUACGUUGAUUUGAUGCAAAGAGUAGCUAAAAAUACAAACACUAAACUGCACGUCCUUGACGACAAAUUAAAAUUAAACACAGCCGAAAAAGUCGUAACAAAGAAAACUGACUUGGAGGCCCCUUUGUCUCUCAGUUUUUACAGUACAAGCAAUGCUCUUAUUUUGUACACAAGUGGGACCACUGGCAACCCUAAAGGAGUUGUCCUCACGCAUAAAAACAUCAUUUUUCAAGUAAAUACUCUCCUGGAAGCGUGGAAAUGGAAUCCGAACGACGUUAUCCUCCAUACUCUGCCUUUACAUCACGUUCAUGGUAUUGUAAACGCUUUACUUUGUCCCCUGUAUAUAGGGGCAAAAACAAUCAUGUUACCGAAAUUUGAUGCAAAUGCGGUUUGGGCGCAUUUAUUAGGGGUUAGCCCUCUACAGGGCGAUCGCAGGAUUACUGUCUACAUGGCCGUACCAACAAUUUAUACAAAACUAAUCGAGGAGUACAAACGCGUAUUUAGUUCAGACCCGAAAAUGGUCGAACACAUUAAGAACAUUCUGAAAAACAAAGUCCGGUUGAUGGUGAGUGGUUCGGCCCCACUUCCGGUUCCGGUUUAUCAACAGUGGUUCGAUAUUUCCGGUCAUAAGCUUUUGGAGAGGUAUGGCAUGACUGAAACAGGGAUGAGUCUUUCAAAUUUGUACGAUUCGGAUCGAGAGCCGGGUUUUGUGGGGCUGCCUUUACCCGGAGUAUCAGUCAGACUAGUCGACGAAGAUUCGAAACAAGAGACUGUCGCCGCCCUCGAAAUGACCAAUUCCAAUGGAGAAAUUUCGUGUGAGAUGGACAAUAAGCGGGUGGUGAGUGGGGAAAUAAAAGGGGAGUUGUUGGUAAAGAGUGACGGCGUUUUUCGCGAAUAUUACAACCGACCAGAAGCGACGAAAAAGGAGUUUACGCAAGACGGUUGGUUUAAGACUGGUGAUGUGUCCUCUUAUUCGAUCAGCAAGAACAAAUUUAAAAUUCUCGGCAGGAAAAGUGCCGAUAUUAUUAAAUCUGGGGGCUAUAAACUCAGUGCAAUCGAAAUUGAGACUGCGUUAUUAGGACAUCCCGAUAUCAAAGACUGCGUAGUUGUAGGAGUGGAAGAUAAGGAAUGGGGACAAAGGGUGGCAGCGAUUGUGGUUUUACAUGAAGGUAAAAGUCUCACUUUGGAGGACUUGAGGAGUUGGGGGGUCGAGAAGUUGGCCAAAUAUGCUUUGCCGUCAGUUUUAAAGAUUGUUAAUGAGAUUCCUAAAAAUGCCAUGGGGAAGGUCAAUAAGAAACAGUUGAUUGAUAAACUAUUUUUAGGAAGUGAAUGAUGAAAAGACUGAUUUUUAAUGUCUAGCGGUUGAGUAUUAUACUUUUUAUGGUAUUAUUUCUUAUUGCAUAUUGUUGAUGUACUAAUUAUGUUUUAUUAAUAAAUAUUGAUAUUCAGACA